AUGGGACCUCCUGGCCCAGAGACCCGUGGACACCCCCACAGUGUCUCUUCACCUUCAGAAAAGGUGUUCUCGAUGCACCUGCCUAGGAAGGCCCCUCUCAAUACUCCUGGCACCCCAGUCCUUGAAGACUUUCCUCAGAAUGAUGAUGAAAAGGAGCGAAUGCAGCGGAGGCGCUCCAGGGUCAUUGACCUGCAGUUCAGCACAGACUCGCCUCACUUGUUAGGCUCCCCCUCCAGUAGGAGUAUUGAUGUUUCAGCAACAAUCCCCAAGUUUACAAACACACAGAUUACAGAACAUUAUUCCACCUGCAUCAAACUAUCUACUGAAAAUAAAAUCACUACCAAGAAUGCUUUUGGCUUACACCUGAUUGAUUUUAUGUCAGAGAUUCUUAAACAGAAAGACACCGAACCAACCAACUUUAAAGUAGCUGCAGGUACUCUGGAUGCCAGCACCAAGAUCUACGCUGUGCGUGUUGAUGCUGUCCAUGCUGACGUAUACAGAGUCCUUGGGGGUCUGGGCAAAGAUGUGCCAUCUCUGGAAGAAGCGGAGGGCAAUGCUGCAGAUGGAAGUGCUACUGAAAUGGGAACAACCAAAAAGCCUCCAAAGCCAAAGAAGAAGCAUUCAUAUAAAACCAUUGAGCAGAAUAUAAACAACCUCAAUGUCCCUGAAGCAGAUCGUAAGUGUGAGAUCGAUCCCAUGUUUCAGAAGACUGCAGCCUCGUUUGAUGAGUGUAGCACGGCAGGGGUUUUUCUCUCUACUCUCCACUGCCAUGACUACAGAAGUGAGCUGCUUUUUCCUUCUGAUGUUCAUACUCUUUCCACUGGAGAACCUCUCGAGUUGCCAGAUUUAGGCUGGGUAGAUAUGACAGAUUUAAAAGCGCCCUUGCAGCAGUGUGUGGAAGAUCGCCAGAUCUGCCCUUCCCUGGCCGGGUUCCAGUUUACUAAAUGGGACAGUGAAACACAUAAUGAGUCUGUGUCGGCCCUAGUAGACAAGUUUAAGAAGAAUGACCAGGUAUUCGACAUCAACGCCGAGGUUGAGGAGAGUGACUGUGGGGACUUCCCUGAUGUGCCCCUGGAGGAUGACUUUGAUGCCAACGACGAGCCUGACCACACCACAGCUGGGGACCACGAAGAGUUCAGGAGCUGGAAGGAGCCCUGCCAAGUUCAAAGCUGCCAGGAAGAAAUGAUUUCCCUUGGGGACGGAGAUAUUAGGAUCAUGUGCCCCCUUUUAUCCAUGAAACCUGGAGAAUAUUCCUAUUUCAGUCCCCGGACCAUGUCGAUGUGGGCUGGCCCGGAUCACUGGCGGUUUAGGCCUCGACACAAACAAGAUGCUGCCUCACAAUCAGAGAACAAAAAGAAGAGUAUAAAGAAAAAUUUUGAAAUUGACUUUGAAGAUGAUAUUGACUUUGAUGUGUAUUUUCGAAAAACAAAGGCUGCUACUGUUCUGACCAAGUCCACUUUGGAGAACCAGAAUUGGAAAGCCACCACUCUUCCUACAGAUUUCCACUAUGAUGUCAAAACUCUCGUCCAGCUUCAUCUCAAACCAGGCACCAGGUUACUUAAGGUGGCUCAGGGCCAGAAGGCAGAGACCGAGCAUUAUGAGGACAUUGAAGACUAUGAUUACAACAAUCCUAAUGACACCUCCAACUUUUGCCCUGGAUUACAGGCUGCUGACAGUGAUUACAACGAGUCGGAUGACUUAUUUGUGGGACCAGUUGGGACCUUUGACCUCACAUCUUAUCCUUGCCAUUCACCUAAGACAACACAAGAGAACGGAACUCCUGAAGUCCACGGAUUAGACAUCACGACAUAUGGGGAAUCAAAUCUGGUAGCUGAGCCUCAUAAGGUAAAUAAAAUUGAAAUUCAUUAUGCCAAGACUGCCAAAAAGAUGGACAUGAAGAAGUUGAAACAGAGCAUGUGGAAUUUGCUGACAGAGUUCUCCAGGAAGGAAGCAGACACAGAGGAAAACCGCAGUGAAACUAGAAAAGAAGGGGCCCCAGUGGAAGUGGCUGAGGAGAAACUGCUCAGCAGGCUCACGAAGGACCUGCAUAAGAGCCUGCCACCCGUCAUGGCUCAGAACCUCUCUAUACCUCUGGCUUUUGCCUGUCUCCUACAUUUAGCCAAUGAAAAGAAUCUAAAGCUGGAAGGAACAGAAGAUCUUUCUGAUGUUCUUGUGAAGCAAGGAGAUUGA